AAAACAACAACAACAACAAAAAAAACGCUAUGCUAAGUGAAAGAAGCCAGACACAAAAGUCCACAACACGGUGAUUCCAUUCAUGUGAAAUGUCUAGAACAGGCAGAUCCAGGGAAGGAGAAUGCUCAGUGUCUGCAGAAGGUCCAGGGUGUCUGUCUGGAGAGACGGAAAUGGUCUGGAAUUUGAUAGUGGGGAUGGUUGCACAGCUUUGUGAAUCUACUAAAAACCACUGAGUUGCACAGUUUGAAAUGAUUAAUUUUAUGGUAUGUAAAUUGAAUCUCGAUUUAAUUAAAAACAACAACAACAGUUUUCUAAGUAUCAAGCCCAGUGUUCCACAUGAGCUAGACCACAGCAGCUCUUCCUUCAGGCACUCGACACAGCAGGGGUCAUUCAGGUGCUCCCUCACUCCCACGUCCCUAUUUGAAUAGAAAUAAAAUUAAAUCAUGGACUAGGAGUCAGAAUUAUAAAUCGUACUCCUAAAUUGGAAGUGAGCACGGGCAGGAUGCUGCUACCCUUAUUCUGUGGCCAGAGAUAAGGAUGGUAGUACCUGCCUGUGUCAGGGCUUACCAGAUUGACAGGUUCCUGAUAAGUCAUAAGCUUCCUGAGGGCCAGUGUUCUGACAGUUUUCCCCAGCAUCUUGUACCUGUAGAAGUUUAAUAAAUAUGUAUUAAAUGAAUGUUGAUUUAAAUACAUCAAGUCAUAAGCGUGCUUUCUAACACACGGUCCUGCACGCCCGCGCCCUCCGCAGCAUGUUGCGCGCUGCUGCGCUCGCCGCCGCUGGCCUCGGGCCCCGCCUGGGCCGCCGUCUCCUGUCGGCCGCCGCCACCCAGGCGGUGCCAGCCCCGAACCAGCAGCCUGAAGUCUCCUACAACCAGAUCGUCAUAAACAAUGAGUGGCACGAUGCUGUCAGCAAGAAAACAUUCCCCACCAUCAAUCCAUCCACCGGAGAAGUUAUCUGUCAGGUAGCUGAAGGAGACCAGGAAGAUGUGGACAGGGCAGUAAAGGCUGCCCGGGCUGCCUUCCAGCUGGGCUCACCCUGGCGCCGCAUGGACGCAUCCGACAGGGGCCGCCUGCUGAACCGCCUGGCUGAUCUGAUUGAGCGGGACCGGACCUACCUAGCAGCCUUGGAGACCCUGGAUAACGGCAAGCCCUGUGUCAUCUCCUACCUGGUGGAUCUGGACACGGUUCUCAAAUGCUUCCGUUAUUACGCUGGCUGGGCUGAUAAGUACCACGGGAAAACUGUUCCCAUCGAUGGGGACUGCUUCAGCUAUACCCGCCAUGAACCCGUCGGGGUGUGCGGGCAGAUCAUUCCGUGGAACUUCCCGCUCCUGAUGCAAGCCUGGAAACUCGGCCCAGCCCUGGCGACCGGAAAUGUGGUUGUGAUGAAGGUAGCUGAGCAGACUCCACUGACUGCCCUCUAUGUGGCCAACCUGAUUAAGGAGGCCGGCUUUCCCCCUGGCGUGGUCAAUAUUAUUCCUGGAUUUGGCCCCACAGCUGGGGCCGCCAUCAUCUCCCAUGAGGAUGUGGACAAAGUGGCCUUCACAGGCUCCACCGAGGUUGGCCGCCUAGUCCAGGUUGCUGCAGGGAGCAGUAACCUCAAGAGAGUGACCCUGGAGCUGGGGGGCAAGAGCCCCAAUAUCAUCAUGUCAGAUGCAGAUACGAACUGGGCCGUGGAGCAGGGCCACUUCGCCCUGUUCUUCAACCAGGGCCAGCGCUGCUGUGCGUGCUCCCGGACCUUUGUGCAAGAAGAUGUGUACGCCGAGUUUGUGGAGCGGAGCGUUGCCCGGGCCAAGUCUCGUGUGGUUGGGAACCCCUUUGACAGCCAGACUGAGCAGGGGCCGCAGGUGGACGAAACUCAGUUUAAGAAGAUCCUUGGUUACAUCAGAUCUGGAAAGGAGGAGGGGGCGAAGCUGCUGUGUGGUGGAGGGGCUGCUGCUGACCGUGGCUACUUCAUCCAGCCCACCGUGUUCGGAGAUGUGCAAGACAGCAUGACAAUCGCCAGGGAGGAAAUCUUUGGGCCAGUGAUGCAGAUCCUGAAGUUCAAGACCAUAGAGGAAGUCAUUGGGAGAGCCAACAAUUCCAUAUAUGGGCUGGCUGCAGCUGUCUUCACCAAGGACUUGGACAAGGCCAAUUAUCUGUCCCAAGCCCUCCAGGCUGGCACUGUGUGGGUCAACUGCUAUGAUGUGUUUGGGGCCCAGUCCCCAUUCGGCUGCUACAAGAUGUCUGGGAGUGGCCGGGAGCUGGGAGAGUAUGGGCUGCAGGCAUGCACCGAAGUGAAAACCGUCACGGUCAAAGUGCCUCAGAAGAACUGAAGAACUGUGCCGACUCCCAGCGGAGGUCAAGGACAUCAGCAGCAAAACCAAGAAAAAUGACACUUGCACACUAAAAGUCUCAAAAGAGAAAUUCUCUUACAAAAUCUCUUGAUCAAGAAAGUAUCAGAACUUUAAUUGAUAGAUGGGGGUGGGUGUGAAGCAAAGAGUACCGGGAAAGCCUUUUACGUGCCAACAGUACUCCUAGCUUUCAGGCUGAUUUUUCAAAACUAGAUUCAAAUGUCUUAUUCUGUCCAUCUGAUAGAUUUCUGUAACUUGCCUUUAUAGGGGAACAAAAAGCCAUUUUUUACACUUGUACUAACAAGUCAGGGCAACAGCUAUGCCUUCCUCUGUAUUCUGGACUAAAAUUCAUUAAAAACAAUGCUGCUG